GUGCACAGUCAGCAUCCACCAAUGCCUGUUCUGUCACAGUCCCUGCCAAGUGGCCAAGCUCUACCAAUCAGGACCUCAUUGAACCUCUCCACCAUCCACCUCCACCCAAGUACACAGAAGCCCUAGCUCAAGUAGCACCAGAAAUGGUGGCAGGAGCUAACAUGAAUGUCUCAUUCCAGCCCAUAAGAGAGGAUUUUAAAAGGGUGGUGGUUGUUGUUCAUCAGGAACAGGAUUCUGACCAUGAGGAUGAAGCCAUAGAAGAUGAAGAUGAUGAUAGUGAAGGCAUGUUCAGUAAAUACAUCACAGACCCAGACCCUCAUUCACCUUAUCAAGCCGUUCUGGCCAGUGAGCCUGACUUGAACAAGAAGCCACAGAAAUCUGCACUGAAAAAGUCUAACCCAGUAACCGGGGCUUCUAGCUGGACCACCAGACCCCUGGGCAUGAGUCAGGCUGGUGUAAGUCCCACACCAGGAGGAGCUGUGUCAGGUGCAGGGUUGACAGCCGGUGCUCUCCCACCUCCUGCACCACCGCCGCUCUCCAGACACACAGAUGGGACCUCAAAGGAGGGCUCACCUCAGCCUUCACCCCUCAUUAAGAUGGCCACAUCUGGCAAGGUCACAGGGCAAGCUGAAGGAGACCAUGAGAGUAAUAAAGAAAAUGCUCAGCCUGUGAUAGAAAUCAGUGCAGCCCCUGACCACGACAACCCACCUGAAGAUUCAGACUCGGAGGAUGAUGAGAUCAGAUAUCGAGAUGACUAUGAUCCAAAUUCCCUGGCUGCCAGAGUGGCUCGCAAUGAUAGCCUAGCCAGGUUUUUGGAAAGCCGACCCUCCAAAAAUGAGCUGGUAGCUAAAAAUAUAAUUCCAGCUCAGACAGAAACGGAGAAGAAAGAACUGAGGGAGGCCAUUGGUACCAAACUUACAAGACGUCUGAGUUUACGACCCACUCAGGAAGAAUUGGAAAACAGAAACAUUCUUCACCAACAAUCACUUGCGGAGGCAAAAGCAGAGAAAGAGAGAAAGAAACGUUACUUAAUUCGGAAGCUCAGUUUCCGACCCAGUAUAGAAGAGCUAAGAGAGAGAAAAAUUAUCGACUUUAGUGAUUACGUAGAGGUUACUGAUGCACAUGAGUAUGACAGACGAGCAGACAAACCUUGGACCAAACUCACUCCCAGAGACAAGGCUGCGAUUCGUAAAGAACUGAAUGAGUUCAAGAGCAAAGAGAUGGAUGUACAUGAAGAAAGCCGCCAUUUAACAAGGUUUCACAAGCCAUGA